AUGUCCCCCGACGCCCUCACCCCCCACGACCCCCGGGUCACCCACCACUACAUCACCAUCCCCUCCACCUCUCUAACCUACCACUACCUCCUCGCCAACCCCGACUCGGCCUCCUUCCCCCACCCAACAGCCACCGUCCUCCUCCUGCACGGCUGGCCCGACCUCUCCCUCGGCUGGCGCUAUCAAGUCCCCUUUCUUUUAUCUCUGGGCCUCCGCGUCAUCAUCCCCGACAUGCUCGGCUACGGCCUCACCUCCGCCCCUUCUUCCCCGUCCGAAUACUCUUUGAAGAACCUCUCUUUUCACAUGACGCACAUCAUCCGCCAAGUUAACCCUUCGGGACAACCAGUUCUCCUGGGAACCCACGACUGGGGGGCUUUCUUGGGAUGGAGAUUGGCGCUUUACUACCCGGAGCUGAUCAAGGGGAUUUUUGCAUUUUGUAUUCCUUAUAGCCCGCCGGAGACGAAAGUGACGAGCUUGGAGGAGCAUAUCGAGAGGCAUCCGGAGUUGGGCUAUCAGUUGCAGAAUGCCAGGGGGGAGGUGGAGGAGGCGGUGAACGGGGGGAGUAAGGAGAGGUUGAGGGGGUGGUUGAAUGCCAUGUUUGGGGGGUUAGCAAAAGAGGACGGGGGAGUGAUGGCUUUUGAUCCGUGGAAGGGGGUGGAUGUUGCUAAGUUGGAGGAGGUGGGGGGGUCGCCUUUGGUGAGCGAGGAGGUUAUGGAUUUUUAUGUUGAGGAGUACUCGCGCAAUGGCAUACGAGGACCCAUGAAUUGGUAUCGCACACGGGAGAUCAACUUGGAGGAUGAGUUACCGCUGGCUGAGAAGUGCGAAAACUGGCAGUUCCAGGUGCCAGCGAUGAUUGUGAUGGUCGGUCAUGAUCCUGCGUUGCCGCCGGAGCUGACCGACGGCAUGGAAAAGUACUUUGCUAAGGGGCUGAGGAAAGAGGUGAUUCCUGAAGCGUCGCAUUGGGUCUUGAUUCACACGCCAGAGGAGGUCAACAAGCUUGUUGGGGAGUUCUUGCAGCAGUUUUUGUGA